AUGAAUGAUAAGAACAGUUCUCGAUUUUCUCACAGGGUUGAGGAUGCUGAUGCAUCUGAGAAAAGUGUAAAUGAAGAAAAUGGAGAAGUAUCAGAAGCAGACCAACCUCAGAACAAGCACAGCCGACACAAAAAAAAGAAACACAAACACCGCAGUAAACACAAGAAACAUAAACACUCUUCAGAAGAAGAUAAAGACAAAAAACAUAAACACAGACACAAACAUAAGAAACAUAAACGGAAAGAGGUAGCUGAUACCUCUGACAAAGAAGAUGGACCAGCAAAAAGAACUAAAAUUGAUUUUUUAGCUCCUCUGGAAGACUUGGAGAAACAACGAGCAUUAUUGAAAGCUGAACUUGAAAACGAAUUAAUGGAAGGAAAAGUGCAGUCUGGGAUGGGAUUGAUAUUACAAGGUUACGAGUCAGGAUCUGAAGAAGAGGGGGAGAUUAAUGAAAAAGUGCGAAAUGGAACGAGACCUACAGCGAAGCCAAGCACUAAGGGGAAAUUAGAACCUGUGGACAAUAAAACUAGUUCCAAGAAAGGAAGUAAGAGUGAAUCAAAAGAAAGGACUAGGCACAGAUCUGACAAAAAGAAAGGCAAGAUGGGAGUUGAUGGAAUCAAAGAGAAGACAACUAGAAGCAAGUCAAAAGAAAGGAGGAAAUCCAAAAGCCCUUACAAGAGAAGUAAGUCUCAAGAUCAAACAAGGAAAUCUAGGUCUCCAAUGCUUAAAAGACGAUCUCAGGAGAAAAACAGAAAGUCUAAGUCUCCCCCAGAGGAUAGAAAUAAGGCUGAUGAUAAAAGUAAAUCAAGAGAUCGCAGAAAGUCUCCAGUUGUAAAUGAAAACAAAAGCAGAGAUCGUGGCAGAAAGUCUAAAUCUCCAACAGAACUAAGAAGCAAAUCCAAAGAUAGAAGAUCACGGUCCAAAGAUAGAAAACCUAGGAGAUCAGAGACUGACAAAGAAAAAAAGCCAAUUAAAUCUCCUUCUAAAGAUGCUUCUUCAGGGAAAGAAAACAGGUCCCCUAGACGACCUGGCCGUAGCCCAAAAGGAAGAAGCUUAUCUCCCAAACAACGAGAAAAAUCAAGAAGAAGCAGAUCCCCUCUCUUUAAUGAUCGUAGAUCUAAACAGAGUAAAUCCCCCUCUCGAACUCGGUCUCCAGUUAGAAGAGUGAGGAGUAGAUCUGCAGAAAGGAAAAGAAGAGAAUCAGAAAGGAGGCGUCUGUCUUCUCCCAGAACACGGACGAGAGAUGAUAUUUUGUCCAGGCGUGAAAGAUCAAAAGAUGUUAGCCCACCCAGCAGGUGGUCCCCAUCCAGAAGAAGGUCUCGAACGCCCAUUAGGAGGAGGUCUCGUUCACCCCUUCGACGUAGCCGAUCUCCAAGAAGGCGGAGUAGGUCUCCUCGGAGGAGGGAUAGAGGCCGAAGAAGUAGAUCUCGCCUUCGAAGGAGGUCCAGGUCACGUGGUGGUCAUAGACGUAGGAGCAGAAGCAAAGUUAAAGAAGACAAAUUUAAAGGAAGUCUUUCUGAGGGUAUGAAAGCUGAACAGGAGUCUUCAUCAGAUGAAAAUCUUGAAGACUUUGAUUUGGAAGAAGAGGAUGAAGAAGCAGAGAUAAGACAAAGAAGAUUACAGCGGCAAGCAAUUGUUCAGAAAUACAAAGGCCAGACAGAAGACAGUAAUAUAUCCGUACCAUCUGAACCAAGCAGUCCUCAAAGUAGUACGCGUAGUCGCUCAAAUUCACCUGACGACAUCCUAGAAAGAGUAGCUGCUGAUGUUAAGGAGUACGAGCGGGAAAAUGUGGACACGUUUGAGGCAUCAGUAAAAGCCAAGCACAACCUCAUGACAGUUGAACAGAACAACGGUUCAGCUCAGAAGAAACUGCUAGCUCCUGAUAUGUUCACAGAAUCAGAUGAUAUGUUCGCUGCAUACUUUGAUAGUGCUCGUCUAAGGGCUGCUGGAUUUGGAAAAGACUUCAAAGAAAACCCCAAUCUCAGGGAUAACUGGACUGAUGCAGAAGGCUAUUACCGUGUUAAUAUAGGUGAAGUUCUAGAUAAACGUUACAAUGUCUAUGGUUACACUGGUCAGGGAGUCUUCAGUAACGUAGUGCGAGCCAGGGACAUGGCAAGAGCAAACCAAGAAGUAGCGGUUAAAAUCAUCAGGAACAAUGAACUUAUGCAAAAAACUGGCCUGAAAGAACUGGAAUUUUUGAAGAAGCUCAAUGAUGCAGAUCCUGAUGACAAGUUUCAUUGUCUGCGGUUGUUCAGGCAUUUCUACCACAAACAGCAUCUCUGUCUGGUAUUUGAGCCACUCAGUAUGAAUUUACGAGAGGUGUUGAAGAAGUACGGGAAGGAUGUUGGACUCCAUAUUAAAGCUGUGCGUUCCUACAGUCAGCAGCUGUUCCUGGCUUUAAAACUUCUUAAAAGAUGCAAUAUCCUACAUGCAGAUAUUAAACCAGAUAAUAUUUUGGUGAAUGAGUCUAAAACGAUAUUAAAGCUUUGUGAUUUUGGAUCAGCUUCGCAUGUUGCCGAUAACGACAUCACGCCAUAUCUAGUCAGUAGAUUUUAUCGAGCUCCAGAAAUCAUUAUAGGAAAAAUCUAUGACUAUGGUAUAGAUAUGUGGUCUGUAGGCUGCACGUUAUAUGAACUUUAUACAGGAAAAAUACUCUUUCCUGGCAAAACCAAUAACCAUAUGUUGAAACUAGCCAUGGAUCUCAAAGGAAAGAUGCCAAACAAGAUGAUUCGAAAAGGUGUGUUCAAAGAUCAGCACUUUGAUCAAAAUCUCAACUUUAUGUAUAUAGAAGUAGAUAAAGUGACAGAAAGGGAGAAAGUUACUGUUAUGAGCACCAUUAAUCCAACCAAGGACCUGUUAGCAGACUUGAUUGGGUGCCAACGACUCCCUGAAGACCAGCGUAAAAAAGUACACCAGCUAAAGGACUUGUUGGACCAGAUUCUAAUGUUAGACCCAGCUAAACGGAUUAGCAUCAACCAGGCUCUGCAGCACGCCUUCAUCCAGGAAAAAAUUUAAACCAGAUGAAGAAGUUCAAAGGGUUUGAGUAAUUAAGAUACAAAGACUGAAGAAAUUUCACAGCAGUUAUUAAUGUAUAUAAACAUAAAUAUUUCCCCUGCAAAGUUGAGGAAGAAAUGAUACAUUUGAAUUAACAUCAAGGCUGAUAUUUCUUUUAGAAAUGUUAGAGUAAUUCUGUUUUGUGUCUUAUGUGAAAAUUUUCACUGUAGAGCUGUUUUAAUUGCCAAGACUGCACAGAAGUACAAUGCUAAUGUAUAUGGUUGCAGUUCGUAUAUAUUAUAAAGAGAAAAAAGCAUCUGUUAUAAAAAAAAAAAAAAAAAAAGAAAGAAAAAAAAGAGCAGUAA